GCAGCUGCUUUUGUCCUCGGAUCUGUGUCACCUUCAUUGAUACCUGUCCCACUUGCACCUUUCGGCGAUGACAGUAAAGCCAAAGAACAGUGCAGUCUAAGAUGAGUCAGUUUCGGGUAUUAGCUGGUGUGCUGAAAGGUGGAGGGAGCCCCUUGCUUCGAUGGCGUGCGGGAGGGCUGACCUGGCGCUGCUGGGCUCAUCCAAAGAGAGGCUGCUCCUCUAGGACUGAUCCUCUUCCAGCAGUGGUCAGCAACUCCAGCUAUGUGGAGGAGAUGUAUUUGACAUGGCUGGAUGACCAUAAAAACGUCCACGAGUCUUGGGACAGUUUCUUCCAUAACAUCCAGGCCUCCGGUCCAUCUGGCGAGGCGGAUGAGAGACGUCCCUCUGCUCUGCUGCAGGGCCGAGUGUUGUCCCACUCACUAGACGUGGCAGAGAAAGUGGUGGAGGACCACCUGGCUGUGCACACCCUCAUUAGAGCUUACCAGAUCCGUGGUCACCAUGUUGCUCAGUUAGACCCUUUAGGAAUCCUGGAUGCUGACCUUGACUCUUUUGUUCCGUCCGACCUGAUCACCACUAUCGAUAAAUUAGGUUUAUAUGGUCUUGAUGAGUCUGACUUGGAUAGAAGCUUCCAGCUGCCCCACACCACCUUCAUCGGUGGACAAGAGGCUACCCUUCCACUUAAAGAAAUCAUACGCAGACUAGAGGCAUCCUACUGCGGUCACAUAGGGGUUGAAUUUAUGUUCAUUAAUAAUGUGAACCAGUGUCAGUGGAUUCGUCAGAAGUUCGAGACUCCGGGAAUCAUGCAGUUCACUAAUGCUGAGAAGAGAACUCUGCUAGCGCGCCUGAUCAGAUCCACACGGUUUGAGGACUUCCUGGCGAGAAAGUGGUCAUCGGAGAAACGUUUUGGUCUGGAAGGCUGCGAAGUUCUCAUUCCUGCUCUUAAAACCAUCAUUGACAAGUCAAGCGCAGCAGGGAUCGACAGCGUAAUCAUGGGGAUGCCACAUCGGGGUCGACUGAACGUCUUGGCUAAUGUGAUCCGUAAGGACCUGGAUCAGAUCUUUUGUCAGUUUGACCCCAAAUUAGAGGCUGCUGAUGAGGGUUCGGGUGAUGUCAAAUACCACCUGGGGAUGUACCACGAGAGGAUUAACCGUGAGACUGACAAGAACAUCACGCUGUCACUCGUGGCAAACCCUUCGCACCUCGAGGCAGUGGAUCCAGUGGUUCAGGGAAAGACCAAAGCAGAGCAGUUCUACAGAGGAGACACUCAAGGAAAGAAGGUGAUGUCUAUUUUGAUGCACGGCGAUGCUGCUUUUGCGGGACAAGGAGUUGUUUAUGAGACGUUCCAUUUGAGUGAACUCCCCUCUUAUACCACAAAUGGUACAAUCCAUGUGGUGGUCAACAACCAGAUUGGCUUCACUACAGAUCCUCGAGUGGCCCGCUCAUCUCCCUACCCCACUGACGUGGCUCGGGUUGUCAAUGCGCCCAUCUUCCAUGUGAAUGCGGACGAUCCCGAGGCUGUCAUGUAUGUGUGCCGCGUAGCUGCAGAGUGGAGGGCCACAUUCAACAAGGAUGUCGUCAUUGACCUGGUUUGUUACAGACGUUUUGGCCACAAUGAAAUGGAUGAGCCCAUGUUCACCCAGCCGCUGAUGUACAAACAGAUCCAUCGGCAGGAGCAUGUGCUGAAAAAGUACUCUGAAAAACUCAUUGCUGAGGGAGUGGUGACACUGCAGGAAUUUGAGGAAGAAGUUGCAAAAUAUGACAAAAUAUGUGAGGAGGCAUACACCAGCUCUAAAGAUGAAAAGAUCUUACACAUUCGGCACUGGCUCGACUCCCCAUGGCCAGAUUUUUUCACAGCGCAGGGAGAGCCCAAGAGCAUGAGCUGCCUCCCUACAGGACUGGACGAGGAGGUUCUGCAGCACAUUGGGCAGAUAGCCAGCUCAGUGCCUCUGGAAGAUUUUAACAUCCACCCUGUUUCACAUCUUCUGUUUUGUAGUCACCGUCAUCAUGUUCUACAUGACCAAGAGGUUGACAAACGUAUCUGUGUUCCCAUGAACCACCUGUGGGAGAACCAGGCAUCUUACACUGUCUGCAACAGCUCCUUAUCAGAGUAUGGAGUUGUAGGUUUUGAGCUUGGCUUUGCCAUGGCAAACCCAAAUGCUUUGAUCCUCUGGGAGGCCCAGUUUGGAGAUUUCCACAAUACAGCCCAGUGUAUCAUUGACCAGUUUAUUAGCUCAGGACAGGCCAAGUGGGUUCGCAAUAAUGGCAUUGUCCUACUGCUGCCACAUGGAAUGGAAGGAAUGGGUCCAGAGCAUUCAUCAGCUCGGCCUGAACGCUUCCUCCAAAUGACCAAAGAUGAUCCAGAUCACAUCCCUGAAUUCACUGGAGACUUUGAAGUCCAGCAGCUGUAUGACUGUAACUGGAUUGUGGUCAACUGCUCCACUCCUGCUAACUACUGUCAUGUGCUCAGGCGACAGAUUCUGCUGCCAUUCAGAAAACCGCUGAUCAUUUUCACUCCUAAAUCUCUGCUGAGGCAUCCGGACGCAAGGUCAGGUUUUGAUGACCUUGCCAAAGGCACUAAAUUUAAGAGACUGAUUCCUGAUGAGGGCCCUGCAAGUCAAAGCCCAGGCCAAGUGAAGAGGGUUAUCUUCUGCGCAGGCAAAGUCUACUAUGAACUAGCUAAGGAGAGGAAGCAGCAAAAUUUGGACAGAGAUGUUGCCAUAAUCAGGCUUGAACAGAUCUCUCCUUUCCCGUUUGACCUGGUCAGUGAAGAGGUGGAGAAAUACACCAACGCUGAGCUCGUCUGGUGUCAGGAGGAGCACAAGAACAUGGGUUACUAUGAUUAUGUCCGACCACGCUUCCUCACAGUGGUUGCCAACAAGAAACCCAUUUGGUAUGUGGGACGAGAUCCCGCGGCUGCACCGGCGACAGGAAACAAAUCUACUCACCUUAAUGAGCUGAGGAAGUUUAUGGACACUGCUUUCAACAUGAGCUCCUUCCAAGACUGAAACUCGUAAAGGAGAAGGUCAUUUCAUCUCCUAACCCAUUGUUUUGAUGUGGCUUAGUCUUAGGUUUUUGGUGAUUCUCAACCUAUCUCUACACAAUUGUUUAAGAAUAAAAAGUUCCUUAUGAACAUUAAGCAUAAGCACUGAGCCACAGAAUGGUCAAUCCUACAUCUUCUGUUGUGUGGUAGAGUAUUGUACACCAGUAUUGUUCACACAGCCACACAGAACUGUGACAAUCAUUAUUGGAGUGGUUUUACUACUUCAAAUAUUCUUUUGCUGUUAUGCUGAAUACUACUUAAUAACUAUUUUGAUAUUUAUUUUGAUUGUAGCUAUGAAACACACCCAAAACACCCCAGAGGUACACUUUAGCAAUAACUAUGAAUCACAUGUCACAGGUAUGAAAACUGCGCUGAAACUUAACACACCAGUAGAUUUUAUAGCCUGUUAUUGUUUGGCUACCUUAGCUGUUAGUGAAGGAGUGUGUAUUUAUUGUCACACAUCACUUCACCAGGAGACAUGAGCCAGCUGGCACAGAGACUUGCAGUCAUGUUUUCUACUUAGGACAUAAGGCUCAGCUUUUUCUUCUGAAGCGCUGGGACACGCACACACAUAAACAAAGAACAGCCUUGGAUGCUCAGAGAGCAAUAUUGAUGCUUGGUUGUCACAUUAAAAUCCCCAGAUAUCAAACACAAAUGAUAUUAGAAAAGCUCCUUAAAAUUAUGCUUCUUGUCUAGCUGUGCUUUAGUUUACCUUUCCAACGUAGAGCUGGGAGAUUUAACCAGUAAUGCAGAAACAUAGUUUUGCAUAUUUAGUGAUUUAAAAGAGGUUUAUACAUGACUGUUUAGUAAAUAGGGAAAGAGCCACAUAUUCAUGUGGGAGCUGAAAUAUGUGCUCAACAUGAUAUAACUGCACCUACAGGGAAUAAUUUAAAUAUGCAAUAAAUAUGUGUUAAUAAAUGAAUGACCUUGCAUACAUACAACAGUUUGAACUGAUGAGUAAAGUUACAGGUCAUCUGUUAAUCUAUGAUGGGUUGAAAUAGGAUUUUGCUCAUUGACACAAAUGAUUUAAUGAUCCUGGAGCUAUUUUGUAAUUGUUUCCAGAUUUUGUGUGUCCUUAAUUUUCUAUUAAUUCCAUAAAUGUGACUUUAAAAAUA